CGAUGGCGGCGCGGGGCGGCAGUGACAGUGUCGGUGUCGGAGCCGGAGCGGGGCGGGCGCUGCCGCCGCACUCGCCCUCGGGCCCGGUGCUGCAGACGGUGGAGAUGCACACGGGCGGCGAGCCGCUGCGCAUCAUCCCGCGGCUGGAGGCGGCGGAGCGGGCGGCGGCAGCGGGCGGGCUGUCGCUGCUGUCGCUGCGGCGGGAGGUGGCGGCCGCGCAGGACCACGUGCGGCGGGCGCUGGUGCACGAGCCGCGCGGGCACGCCGGCAUGUACGGGGCCGUGGUGGUGCGCGGCGGGGCGGCCGCGGAGGGCGCGCACCUGGCGGCGCUGUUCCUGCACGGCGCCGGCUACAGCGCCAUGUGCGGACACGCCGUGAUGGCCCUCGGACGCUUCGCACUCGACUACGGGCUGGUGCCGGAGCCCGCCCGCCCGGAGACCGCCGUCCGCCUGCGCUGCCCCUGCGGGCCCGUCACCGCCUUCGUGCCCUGGGACGGCCGGCGCAGCGGCAACCCCGUGCGCUUCCACAGCGUGCCCGCAUUCGCCGCCGCCACCGACUUGGCCAUUGACGUCCCUGGCCAUGGGAAGGUGGUGGUUGACAUUGGCUACGGUGGCACUUUCUAUGCCUUCCUCAGCGCCGAGCAGCUGGGCCUCGAUGUGAGCUCCUCAAAGACCAGAGACCUUGUCAGUGCAGCGAGCGCAGUGACAGAAGCGGUGAAGAAACAGUUCAAACUUCAUCACCCUGAAAGUGAAGACCUGGCUUUCCUCUACGGCACCAUCCUGACAGAUGGGAAAGAUGCCUUUAGCAAGGAGCCCACCACCAACAUCUGUGUGUUUGCAGAUGAGCAGGUCGACCGAAGUCCGACAGGUUCGGGUGUGACAGCUCGCAUUGCCCUGCAGUACCAUAAGGGACUCAUCCAGCUGAAUCAGACCAGAACCUUCCGGAGCAGCACCACGGGCUCCUUGUUCACUGGGAAGGCAGUGAAGGAAGCCAAGUUUGGUGACUACAACGCUGUUGUUGUGGAAGUCUCGGGAGAAGCCUUUUACACUGGCACAGCCACCUUCACUGUCGAGGAGGAGGACCCGCUCAAAUACGGCUUCUUGUUCAAGUGACCUGAGUGACAGCAAAGUCUCACUGGUGGUGCUGUGCUUCUCCUGCCCAUGAAUUUCUGUUCUUGCCGCGAUAUGCCAGAGCAACGGGAAUAGCUUUAGGUGGUGUGACAGCACCUGCCGUGUUUCAAGAUAACAAGCUGUGUUGCCCUGUUGUGAUGAGCAUAUUGGGUGUGCUGUGAUUAGCAUAAACGGGCUGCUCUGAGAAGCAGUAAUAUUUUUCUUCUUUUUUUUUUUCUUUUUCCCCAAUAAUUACUCACAGAAAACAGAGCUGAUCUUGGAGACCUGUCUUCAAAGUUACGUGCCUUCUCUAUAUCUGAAAAUUAUGAAUUUCAAAGCCAGAUUUGGAUUAAAUGCCAGCUGAAAACAC